CGCGGGGAGACGAGCUGGAGACACGCGGAGAGACGAAGAGGAAAAGGCGAAGCAGGCUUCAUGGGCGCUGCUGCUCGCUAUAGCAGCACUUGCCCCAACAGCCUGCCUAGCCUUUAGGGGGGAGCUUUGCCUUUGUGGUGAAUGCAACCUCCCGGCGUUCGACGCGCACGUGCACACAGCGGGAGCUGGGGACGGGGGGGGGUGAGAGCCCGGGCCGACAGAUGGAGAGAAGUGGCGUGAUGGCUGCGAGCGACGCUGCGACGGUGAGGAGGAAACCCAAGGCUGGGAACCCGGACGGCGUUGGGCCUGGUGACAGUGCGGACGCAGCCUGUGGAGCCGGGCAGUGGGGACGCGCCUGGGAGGUGGACUGGCUGUCCCUGUCUGCGGUGGUGCUGCUGCUACUCUGCGCCCCACUGCUCGUCUUCGCGCUGGUGACGGCCUGCGACCAGUACCAGUGCUCGCUCGCUGAGCCGCUGCUCCACCUCUACUCGGGCCGCUCCACCCUGCGCGACAUCUGGGCACGCUCGCCCUCCAUCACGUCCACCGCUGGUGCUGUCUACCUCCUGUGGGUCGCCUUCCAGGCGUUCCUCUACCGCUGCCUGCCUGAUGUCUGCCACAAGCUGGUUCCCGGCUACGCCGGUGGGGUGCAGGAGGGGGCACGAACUCCCGCAGGUGCGGUGGUGCUGUACCAGGUGAACGGCCUGCAGGCCUGGCUGCUCACCCACCUGCUGUGGGCCGCCAACGCGACCUACUUCCACUGGUUCUCUCCCACCAUCGUCUUCGACCACUGGGGCUCGCUGCUGUGGUGCGCCAACUUGCUGGGAUACGGCGUCUCGGCCUUCGCCAUGCUCAAGGCCUACGUCUUCCCUAGCAACGCCGCAGACUGCAAGUUCACGGGCAACGUGUUCUACGACUUCAUGAUGGGCAUCGAGUUGAACCCUCGCAUCGGCCGCUGGUUCGACCUCAAGCUCUUCUUCAACGGCCGCCCGGGCAUCGUGGCCUGGACGCUCAUCAACCUCUCGUUCGCUGCCAAGCAGCAGCAGCUGCACGGACACGUCACCAACUCCAUGGUGCUCGUGAACGUGCUGCAGGCCAUUUACGUGCUGGACUUCUUCUGGAACGAAGCGUGGUACCUGAAGACCAUAGACAUCUGCCACGACCACUUUGGCUGGUACCUGGGCUGGGGUGACUGCGUCUGGCUGCCCUACCUCUACACGCUGCAGGGCCUCUACCUGGUCUACAACCCGGUGCGCCUGUCCACUCCGGCUGCGGUGGGCGUGCUGCUGCUGGGCCUGUCGGGCUACUUUGUGUUCCGCGUGAGCAACCACCAGAAGGACCUCUUCCGGCGCACGGACGGCCGCUGCCUCAUCUGGGGAUCCCCCCCACGCUCCUUCGAGUGCUCCUACGCCUCCGCCGACGGGCGGCGCCACCGCAGCCGCCUGCUGGCGUCGGGAUUCUGGGGGCUGGCGCGCCACUUCAACUACACGGGCGACCUGAUGGGCGCGCUGGCGUACUGCCUGGCGUGCGGCGGAGGGCACCUGCUGCCCUACUUCUACGCCGUCUACCUCGGGGUGCUGCUCGUGCACCGCUGCGUGCGUGACGAGCACCGCUGCUCGGCCAAGUACGGCGCCGACUGGCGGCGCUACACGGAUGCCGUGCCGUACCGCAUGGUGCCCUACGUCUUCUAGAGUCGCGGUGCUGUGUGCCUCUUGUAGAGUCACGGUGCUGUGUGCCCUGCCUCUUGUAGAGUCACGGUGCUGUGUGCCUCUUGUAGAGUUACGGUGCUGUGUGCCUCUUGUAGAGUCACGGUGCUGUGUGCCCUGCCUCUUGUAGAGUCACGGUGCUGUGUGCCUCUUGUAGAGUUACGGUGCUGUGUGCCCUGCCUCUUGUAGAGUCGCGGUGCUGUGUGCCUCUUGUAGAGUUACGGUGCUGUGUGCCCUGCCUCUUGUAGAGUCACCGUGCUGUGUGCCUCUUGUAGAGUCACGGUGCUGUGUGCCCUGCCUCUUCUAGAGUCGUGGUGCUGUGUACCUCUUGUAGAGUCACGGUGCUGUGUGCCUCUUGUAGAGUCACGGUGCUGUGUGCCCUGCCUCUUCUAGAGUCGUGGUGCUGUGUACCUCUUGUAGAGUCACGGUGCUGUGUGCCUCUUGUAGAGUCACGGUGCUGUGUGCCCUACCUCUUGUAGAGUCACGGUGCUGUGUGCCCUACCUCUUGUAGAGUCACGGUGCUGUGUGCCCUGCCUCUUGUAGAGUCACGGUGCUGUGUGCCUCUUGUAGAGUCACGGUGCUGUGUGCCCUGCCUCUUGUAGAGUCACGGUGCUGUGUGCCCUGCCUCUUGUAGAGUUACGGUGCUGUGUGCCCUGCCUCUUGUAGAGUCACCGUGCUGUGUGCCUCUUGUAGAGUCACGGUGCUGUGUGCCCUGCUUCUUGUAGAGUCACGGUGCUGUGUGCCUCUUGUAGAGUCACGGUGCUGUGUGCCCUACCUCUUGUAGAGUCACGGUGCUGUGUGCCCUACCUCUUGUAGAGUCACGGUGCUGUGUGCCCUGCCUCUUGUAGAGUCACGGUGCUGUGUGCCUCUUGUAGAGUCACGGUGCUGUGUGCCCUGCCUCGUGUAGAGUCACGGUGCUGUGUGCCCUGCCUCUUGUAGAGUCACGGUGCUGUGUGCCCUGCCUCUUGUAGAGUCACGGUGCUGUGUGCCUCUUGUAGAGUCACGGUGCUGUGUGCCCUGCCUCUUGUAGAGUCACGGUGCUGUGUGCCUCUUGUAGAGUCACGGUGCUGUGUGCCCUGCUUCUUGUAGAGUCACGGUGCUGUGUGCCUCUUGUAGAGUCACGGUGCUGUGUGCCCUACCUCUUGUAGAGUCACGGUCAGAGGUCGCAAACGGGUUUUCAUUCCUUACCCGUACCCGUACCCGGCCGCACCAGGGUCGCAAACGGCUACCCGUACCCAGCCGGUACCCAGCCGGGUACGGGUAACCGGGUAUUGGGCAGGGUACGGGUAUCGGGUACCCGAUUGCGACCUCUGGUCACGGUGCUGUGUACCGUACCUCUUGUAGGGCUGUCACGGUGGUGUUGGUGGUGGUGGGGAUGCUGCCGCCUUGUGGCGAGAAGUGCCAGGGGUUUGUUUCCGGACCCAGGUGCCGGCUUUUUGUCUGGAGUUUGUGCAGCCUCCCCCCCUUUGCUCCCCCCCUCUGUAGAGUGAGUGGGUGUGAGUGAGUGGGUGUGAGUGAGUGGGUGUGAGUGAGUGGGUGAGUGGGGUGUGAGUGGGUGUGAGUGAGUGAGUGGGUGUGACACGAGUUCGAUUCCCGCUCACGGCCAACACCGGUGACGAUUAUCUGAACUGGUCAUGGGCCUUCCCUAGGUCGACUCAGCCUCAAAUGAAUACCUGGUGCGGUGUGUAACAACAUUGCCACUGACGAGACAAAGGCGGUCGGGCGUGGUGCUGGCCACCCACCCCCUUGUGUACCGUGCCGGCCUUCAUAGGUGCUCGCUAACAGCAGUUGCCCCAACAGUCUGGUACAAUCUAUACGGGGAGAUCUUUGUCUUUUGUGAGUGAAAGUGAGGGUGUGUGAGUGAGUGGGUGUGAGUGAGUGGGUGUGAGUGUAUGUGUGAGUGAAAGUGAGUGGGUGUGAGCGGGAGUGGGUGUGAGUGCGUCUGGGUGUGUGUGUGAUUGAGUGAGCCAGUUAAACACAUUCAGGCUGGCCCUGCCUACGAUCCAUCCUGGGUUUAACCUGCAGGCUGGAUUGUGUGAGGAGCUUGUAGAUCUGGAGAGCUCCUCUGGCAGGCGAGGCUGCGGUUGCUGGGUCGUGUAGCCUGAAUACCCAGACAUCACAUGCCCAAGCAGCUUGCCAAUGACUGGUACCAGCAGUGUCAGGAUCGGCCUCUGUGGAGGAGGAGGCUCAUGAAGGACACUACUGGGCAAUUGGAGGCAGUCGCCCUCCAACAACAACGGAGGGCAGAGGAGCGAGGCUCACAACGAGCGGAACACCGGGUGGCUAAAAUACGGCAUUGUUGGGGGUACAGCUGUGUGCAUCUGCCAGUCAUCUCAGCCAACCCAUGGCACCUACUGGGUCUGUUCCUGUGAUGUCCUGCCAGCGAGCCUUCGACACUUCACGUGGCCUCAAAGUGCACCUGGCCUGGCACAUGCGCCUUUGGUGACGUCACCAUCACAUCGAGGCGAAUGGUGGGUAUUGGUGUUGGUAAGGGUGUGCGAGUGAAUCUGAAUGUGAGAGAGUUUGAGAGAGUGUGAGAGAGUGUGACAAUGUGAGAAUGAGUGUGUGUGAGUGUGUGAGUGAAUGUGAGCGAGUGUGAGUGAAUGUGUGGUGGCGGCCUUCAGAGGUGCUGCUCACUAGCAGCUUUAUGGGGGUGGAGGGAUCGUUGUCUUUGCGUGUGCGUGUGUGUAUGCGCGUCUGCGUGUGUGUAUGCGCGUCUGCGUGUGUGUAUGCGCGUCUGCGUGCAUGUCUGCGUGCGUUUGUGCGCGCACAGUGGCUACGUGCUCCCCUUGUUCUAGGUGGGUUGCCCAGAGCUGAGAUAUCGACCACACACAGAGGAAGCGCCAUUGCUCAUUGAGAUAUACCGUGCCGAGGAAUAACCUCGGGCAAAUCACUCAAUCGUGGUCACAGCAGCAGCAGCAUCGCCAGCUUACCUGUGACGCAGGACCCUCCUGCAAGAGGGUCUUGAGACUCGGUGAGACUUACCUGAAUCAAAAUAACGAUAAAAUAACAACCCAAAAGCGCAUUGAAUCUAAACUAAACUGUUGUGUUUAUGUUACUAGCUGUAAGGCCCCACUGAGUUGCUAUGUAGCGGCUCUUCUUCAGAAGCGACCUGGCCACCACAUGAUAGCUCAGCCGAAGUGGACUCAUCAUCAUCGUUAUCAUCGCAUGGAAAGUUUAUAGCAGCAGACAAAUUGCUCUGAACGCGUGACGUUGAUUCUAAAUGUGCAAGAGGAACAAACCUUCAGGACCACGGGGAGAGAGAGACACACACAGUCCAAAUAUACAGCAGCAGGCGUCAGGGUCGUGAUAGAACCCACGACCUUCUGCAUACCAGGGAAUGUAGUUAACAUCUCACCACCGUCAUGAUGAUGAUGAUGAGAGACACGCAAACUACAAAUACACAGCAGCAGCAGCAGGCAUUGCCAGGGUCGUGAUCGAACCCACGCCCUGCACACCAGCCGAGGGAGCCAACAUCUCCUCGCCUCCACGGCGACCCCAAUUGACGUCGGAGCGACGGACGGAUACCAAUCAUACCCAUGUGGGUGGGGUGAAAUGUGGGUGCGACUCGCACCUCUUUGGCCUACUCUCCCACGUGGAAGAGUAGGCCAAAUACCCGGAUAGAGGGCUCUGAAGCUUCCCCCGUAGCGGAGGAGUCUUCUGCCAGCGGUGGCUCCUGCAGCUUGCGUGUGACGUGGGGGUGCGCGGGACAGACGUUUGUGUGUGGAGUCGAUGUUUCACGUGGCAGUUCCAAUCAUAAUAGUUAUAAUACAAUUAUUAUUGUUAUGAUGGUGGUGGUGUUGAUGAAUUUCAUAAUCAAGUGUAACUGCUUUCGGAUAAACGUUUUAGAUUUUG